UUUAACUAAUUGCCUCUUUGACCUUUUCUGUGAUCUGAUUGUCCACAGGUUGGACAUACAGGUGCAUUGGACUACUGGUACUCUCACAAGGGUUAUCUUGACCAUCCACAUCCAUCAUCCCUUUAUUUAGUAUUGUUUAGAAGUGCUUUACCCACCCUCUUCACUGAUUUGGUCCACUACAGGCUGUCUUCUGCAUCUCCUCAUCACCUCCCAGAAGGCCUUUGGUUUGUUGGCUGUAUUUUCUAGACUUGAUUUUUAAAGGUGGAUACAAUGCUGCGAUUCUUUAUAUUUCUACUCUCACUCGCUCCUUUCGUGUCGACGAAGGGGACAGGAAGUUGCCAAGAAGCAGACUGUCCGCCAAAGACUUGGCACAAUGUAGGAUGCUCUACAGACGACGACUGCGAUGCGCCCUACGUCACGUGCUACAAACGUGUCUGUAGAUGUGAACCCGGGUAUUUCUAUACCACACACGACACGUGUACUAACACUUGUAGCCCAGACGACAUGCAGGACAGCUUCACAGAGUAUCCUGACAGCGCUCUACGUGCAAACCUCAUUGGUAGCCCGGAUGGACUCACUGUGGAAGACUGCAAGAGCAGGUGCCAGACUGACAAGCGUUGCCUCACCUUUGAUUUCAAAGCCAAUGGAGGUCUGUGUCGUCUUCAUAAUGUCACCGCUCAUGAGUCUCCCUCCAACUGGUAUCCUAAGACGAGCAAAGGCUGGACCCACUACCAGAAAUCCUGCAAGUCCACUUUUGCCUCAAACGAUACCUGGUACAACUUAUUGUGUAACAACAAAAUUGAUUGUCAUCACCCACACAGCGAUUGUUUGUCAGGACGAUGUCUAUGCCACUCAGGAUUUUACUUUAAUCAAGCACAGAAGAAGUGUGUUGUUGCAAGCGAGCUGAAGAUGUGGCACAACACAAGCUGCUCUACAGACGACGACUGCGAUGCGCCCUACGUCACGUGCUACAAACGUGUCUGUAGGUGUGAACCCGGGUAUUUCUACACCACACAGGACACGUGUACUAACACUUGUAGCCCAGACGACAUGCAGGACAGCUUCACAGACUAUCCUGACAGCGCUCUACGUCACAACCACCUUGCUAACUGGGAUGGAGUCAGUCUGGAAGACUGCAAGGGCAGGUGCCAGACUGACAAGCGUUGCCUCACCUUUGAUUUCAAAGGUCUGUAUGGGAAAAGCUUGAAACAUUGGUAUACUAACAUGAUGUUAGAGAUGGCAGGUGACUGUGCACUCUACAACUGCUAAAGUCUGCUUCACGUG